UGCCCGCCCGAGCGCGGCGGCCCCUUUGUGAAUCCCCGGGUCAGACCCUAGAUCGAGUCCCCGCCCCGGCCCGCGGGGGCGCUGGGCUUCCGGCCUCCGCCGACCGACCGCACUGAGGGAGGUACCGACCCGCUGGGAGGAGGUGAUGAGACUUCUAGAUCGGGUGGGCGCCUGGGCCGGCGUGUGAGGUGGCCUGUCAUCGUGUGUGAGACCGUGUCACCGCGCGUGUGAACAAAGUGGGCCCAUGUGCGAUUGAGCGUAACAGUGUAAGACGGUGUCACCAUGUGUGUGAGACUGUGUCACUGUGAGGCCAUGUGAUUGACAAUGUGUGUGGCACUGUGAGACCACGUGUGAACAGUUUGGCCAUGUGUGUGACUACGUGAGAAUGUAUGUGAUCAUGUCUGCGACAGUGAGCGUGCAACUGUGUGACUGUGUGGUCAUGUGCGUAAGAUUGUGUGACCUUAGGGCUGCAUGAGACAAUGUUAGACACUAACAAUGUUAGUGUGACAUUGGACCCAGAGUGGCCUUGUGUGACCCACUGUGAACGGAGGGCAGUCUACAGCUCCGGGACGUGUCCACAGGCUGCCAGGGGAGUUGCCGGCAGGAGAGACUGGUGCGUUGGUGCGAGCUCUAUUUUCUCCAGACACUGCCCUUCUCCCAGAGAGGAGCCUGAAGGAGGCAGACAGAAGAGCUGUCAUCAAUUCUUAAAUUCCUUAAGCCAUGUCUGAGGUAGCAUAAGUUACCAGCUGUCUUUGAAACUUAAUGGGGUUCUCAGGAGCUGUCAGGGACUCUCGGAAAUUGUGCACAUCAUGGCAUCAUCAAGACUAACGACAGAAGUUGUCCAGCAAUUACUCCACAUGUGUUACACAGAACCUAAGAUACUGCCAGAAAAUUUUGCUAUAUGCAAUGUUCCUCUCCAGAAGAUUUGGUGACAUUUGGGGAUGUGGCCGUGGAUUUCUCUCAGGAGGAGUGGGCACGGCUGAACCCUGCCCAGAGGGACCUGUACAGGCGUGUGAUGCUAGAGAACUACAGGAACCUGGUGUCACUGGGAGUUUCAGUUUCUAAGCCAGAUGUGAUCUCAUUACUGGAGCAAGGAAAGGAGCCUUGGAUGGUGAAGAAAGAGGGGUCAAGAGGCAAAUGCUAUGAUUGGGAGUAUGCAUUUAAAAACAAGGAAUUUUCAUCAAAGCAAGUUAUUUAUGAAAAAUCAUCCAAAGUUGUGAUAUUGGGAAGAAGCCAUCUUAGUUAUAGCCUUGACUGCCCACUUUUGAGAGAAGACUGUAAAAGUGGGGACUGGUUUAAGAACCAGCUGGGAAGUCAUGAGGUUCAUCCUAAUCAGUUGAUCAUCACUCAUAGAGAAAUCCUCCCUGAAGAUCAAAGUAAUAAAUAUACUAAAUCUUGGCAAACCUUCCAUCGAGAUGCAAUAUUUGCUAUAAAACAGAGUUUUCCCACCAAAGAAAGCAUACAUAAGCAAGAGCCACAAAAGAGAAGUUACCGAAAAAAAUCUGUUGAAAUGAAACAUAAGAAAAUCUAUGUAGAAAAGAAACUUUUGAAAUGUAACGAAUGUGAGAAAGUCUUCAACCAGAGUUCAUCUCUUACUCUUCAUCAGAGAAUUCAUACUGGGGAGAAACCCUACGCAUGUGUUGAAUGUGGGAAAACCUUCAGUCAAAGUGCAAACCUAGCGCAACAUAAGAGAAUACACACUGGGGAGAAACCCUACGAAUGUAAAGAAUGUAGGAAAGCCUUCAGCCAGAAUGCACACCUUGCUCAACAUCAGAGAGUUCAUACUGGAGAGAAACCUUAUCAGUGUAAAGAAUGUAAAAAAGCCUUCAGCCAGAUUGCACACCUGACUCAACAUCAGAGAGUCCAUACUGGAGAGAGACCGUUUGAAUGUAUUGAAUGUGGAAAGGCCUUUAGUAAUGGUUCAUUUCUUGCCCAGCAUCAAAGAAUUCAUACCGGAGAGAAACCUUAUGUAUGUAAUGUGUGUGGGAAAGCCUUUAGCCACCGUGGUUACCUAAUUGUACACCAGAGAAUCCAUACUGGAGAGAGACCUUAUGAAUGUAAGGAAUGUAGGAAAGCCUUCAGCCAGUACGCACACCUUGCUCAACAUCAGAGAGUUCAUACUGGAGAGAAACCUUAUGAAUGUAAAGUGUGUAGGAAAGCCUUCAGCCAGAUUGCAUACCUUGAUCAACAUCAGAGGGUUCAUACUGGAGAGAAACCCUAUGAAUGUAUUGAAUGUGGGAAGGCCUUUAGUAAUAGUUCAUCACUUGCACAACAUCAGCGAAGUCAUACUGGAGAAAAACCGUAUGUGUGUAAGGAAUGUAGGAAAACAUUUAGCCAGAAUGCAGGCCUUGCUCAGCAUCAGCGAAUUCAUACUGGAGAAAAACCUUAUGAAUGUAACGUUUGUGGGAAAGCCUUUAGCUAUAGUGGAUCUCUUACUCUACAUCAAAGAAUUCAUACUGGAGAGAGACCCUAUGAAUGUAAGGACUGCAGGAAAUCUUUUAGGCAGCGUGCACACCUGGCUCAUCAUGAGAGAAUUCAUACUAUGGAGUCGUUCUUGAGUCUUUCCUCUCCCUCACCCUCCAUGUCCAGUCAAUUGUCAAAACCUGUAGGUUAUAUCUCCUAAAUAUGCCUUGAAUUUCACUCCUUCAGUCAGUUCCAUUCUGUCAUCUGCACUCACUACCCAAUUAUCUAUUUGGCAUGGAUUAUGGAAAUAGCUUUCUAAAUGGUUGUUCUGCAUUUAUCACUUUGUCAGUUGUCCACAUUGCAGACAAACUUGUAUUUAAAAAGUUUGAUAUCACUCCUUCAUUAAAACCCCUCAAGUGGCAUCCCGUAGUUCUUAGGUUGAAACACACAUUCUUCAAAAAAAGCCUAAAAGACUUUCCACUACCUUGUUCCAGUCUAUCUUCCUGUCAAUAUCCGUCUCAUUCUUUGGAUAUUUAUCCAGAAUUAAGAACUCAUUCUGGUAUCAAAUAGAUCUGGGUUUUCAUCCUUGCUCUUCCAUAUUUCUGGCCUCUAAUUUUAGGGAAACAUUUUGUCUUUUGUAAGCUUCAGUUUUAUUUCUAUUAUAGGAAUAAUAAUGGUACUACCUCAAAAGUUAAUGGGAGCAUUGAAUGAGCUAAUGCAUGUAAAUUGCUCAGCAGAGUGCCUAGCAUAAAGUAAUCACUCAAACAUUUAAUGCAAAAUAAAGAUACUGUGGUACACAAA